AGCGAGUGGAGUGUGUCUAUGGUGGUGGGAGCGCGAUGACUUUCAGGCGCCUGAGGAAGCUGCAUCACAAGGAGGAAUAUGUAUCUCCCCCAGACCGGCCGGUGUACAGAGACAAGCUGGAUCCUUACAGCGCCCUCAGCAGCUACAAACAGGCUGAUAUGUACAAGGCUCUGGCGGUGUCGGGGGGAACCCUGCCCAGGACUAAGAAGGGCUCUUCAGCAGGCUGGAAGAACGUCAGCCAGUCACCGGAGUACCAAAGGAAAAUACUUACCUUGCAAAAAGAAGACUCGGAGUCCUUUGGAUUUGAAAUUCAGACAUAUGGACUGCACCACCAAGACAAGAAUGCUGUGGAAAUGUUUACCUUUGUAUGCCGGGUGCAGGAUGGAAGUCCCGCUCAGCUGUGUGGUCUCAAAGUUGGUGAUAUAAUUGCCGGAGUAAAUGGCCUCAACAUGGAUGGAGUCAGGCACCGAGAUAUCGUAGAGAUGAUCAAGGCUUCUGGAAACACAAUAAGGCUGGAGACUGUUUAUGGAUCCGCAAUCAGAAGGGCUGAGCUGGAGGCUCGAAUACAAUAUUUAAAGCAAACCUUGUAUGAGAAGUGGGAAGAAUACCGCUCACUCAUGGUGCAAGAGCAGAGACUGCUGCACGGCAUAGUUGUGAAAGACCCGAGUGUGUACGACACCCUUGAAUCUGUGAGAUCUUAUAUCUAUGGGACGGUCAACACGUGCAGCAAAGACCCUCUUACUGGGUCAUUGGCCGCUGGAAGUAUGUGUAGCAGUGCAAGUUGCCUUAGCACAACGGAGGACAAUGAAGAUGCAGUAUAUCAGACUUGCUACUUCGGCUCAGACUCCACAGAUGAAAUAAACAGCCUUCCAGGCAAAACUAACAGCAAUGGCAAGCCUUAUAAGUCAACGCUGACGCGCAGCUCCAGUGUGAAAUGUCCGGGACCCAUUACAAACUGGGACAACAAACCAAAGGAACAGAGUAACUUUGUUUCUCUGCCCAGGAAAAAGCACAAAAGUUUUCGAAAAAGACUCUUGAAAUUCAUUCCUGGACUUAACAGAAAUUUAGAAGAGGAGGCCAGCCCUCUUUAAUAUCCCUCCCCCCUUUCUUUAUAUAAGAAGUUAAGUUAUUUAUUUAUUGUUCUAUUUCUGGAGAAAAGUGAAAGCUUUGUGUUGACUUUUUUGUUAGACUUAACUGUACAACUUUAUAGCUUCGGCAUUUGUUUUUCAUUAAAAUGUUUGGCACAGCAAAAGAUGCCAAACGCCAGGUUUUUCUAUGGAAAAAAAUUUUUCUGUUUGUUUCAAUGACUUUCAGUGUUCAAAAGGAUGUUUGAGCCAUAUUCCUGCCAGCAGGAAGCCCCUUUACGUUAUAAAAGGUUUAUUCUGGUUCACUGCAAGUAAAGUUCACGUUCUCUCUUAAUGCACACGUGAAGCCUGCGUGCAGAAGGCUAUGGCAUGAAUCAACUUUAAAUAAAGCUUUGUGUACUGAACUCUCUCAGGCUAAAUGUAACUCAGGAGAAAUAUCAAAAUCUCAUUGUGAAAAGUGAAGCUUUGCGGAAACAAGAAUGGAAGAAUACAUCUCACUGUUCCCAAAAUCCCAAGCUACCCUAUUUCUAGAUCAACUCCAGGCCUCUGGUACAUACACUCUAAAGGAUUUGGGAGAUCUACAUGUUAUAAUAUUCAGAACUGGUUUAAGGGAAAAAAAUGUAAUUAAAAAUGCAGCCCUAAUACAAUUACAGAGGGGAUAAUUUUGACACAAACUUGCUCAUGUUCCAUGUUUGGUAGCCAGGUUUUCCCCUUCAUCCCCUAUUUAUCCUAAUAGCCAGAUAGUUUUGGGGCAGCAGCCUAUGCAGUGUUAUUCUGAGCAAAGGUAUUCAAAAACCAUUGUCUGCUUUAGAAAUUUAUAUCAUGACAUGAUAGCUAAUAAAAAAA